AUGAGCCGCAGCGGCAGCACAUUGAGUCGCAGCAGCAGCAGCAGCCUGGCGCGGUCCGACAGCGUGGGGUUCGGACCGUCUCGGUUUGUGCUGCGGCAGCGGUACGAGGAUAUCGCGCUGCGGUACUGCGUGCACAAGGAGCAGCUGGGCACGGGCGAGUAUGGCGCCGUGCGGCCGUGCGUUGAAGCCGACUCUGGGCGGCUGCUGGCCUGCAAGACCAUCCGCAAGCAACAGAUCACGACGUACGAGGACGCUGAGGCCAUCCGCACGGAGGUGGCGUGUCUGUGGGAGGUGAGGGGCCAUCCCAGCAUCAUCAGUCUGCACGACGCCGUGGAGGACGGCAAGCGCGUGCACCUCGUCAUGGAGCUCUGCCACGGGGGCGAUCUCUUCCGCCGAGUCACCCAGCGCGGCACGCUGAGCGAACGCAGCGCUGCCCGGGUUUGCCACGCGCUGGCGACAGCGGUGCUGCACUGCCACCGCCAUGGGAUCGUGCAUCGCGACAUCAAGCCAAAGAAUGUGCUGCUCGUAGACGACUCCGACGAGCCUCACGUUAAACUCAGCGACUUCGGUGUCGCCACUUUCUUUGAGGACGGAGAUUCGUUGACUGAGUUUGCGGGAACAACGCAAUACAUCGCCCCUGAAGUGUGGAAGGGGCAAUACGGGCCUGAAGCUGACAUCUGGGGACUUGGAGCUCUGCUGUAUUUCUGCAUAGCCGGUGUGUCUCCUUAUCGGGCCCCGACUAAGCAACAGGUAGCGGAAGCAGUGUUGACACACGGGGUGGAUUUCAGCCUGGCGUGCUGGAGAAAAGUCACUCCAGAGUGUAUAGAUAUGAUUGAUAGAUGUGUGUACGAAGCAACAAGCGAGCCGUACAUCAUGACGGUAACCGACCUUUCCAGUCCGUUGAGGAAGCUGUCUCGCUGCCUGACGGACGACGACAUGCCUUUGUCAGACGGCCACGGUCAGUUGGACAGCAGCCGGCCGUUAGCGCCGUCGUCAGCCACGCGAGAUCCCCUCGAAGGCGGUCAACGCGUGCAGCCCGCACGUCUCGAUGACGUUUCGGACCCCGUGAGUGCUUCGCGGGGCGUGUCGCGUGCAAACGCCGCCAAGUCAGACGUUCCAGGAGUUGUCCAGCCAUCGCGAACAUCGCCUGCAUUGCACGAUAGAUCGCAAGAGCCGUCGGCGACAGCGUCGCAGCCGAACCAAAGGAAUCUGCAGUCGCCGAUGCUGCGUGAGGAGGAGCCCCGAGAGCUACAGCGGCAGUGGGAUUCCCUAGGCCCAAACGCGACCGACAGAGCAUGUGAUUCUGUUGACGCGGAGCCGUCUAAUGCGGAAGCCGCGCGGCGACGGCGGGAAUUGAGAUUGCGGGUGGAUUCGGAGGGAUCGGAGGACGACGUCGACGAUCUCCGGUCGAGCCGCUCCGACCGAUUAGUUCCCGCGUACUCGAAGCGGCAAGGCCACCAUGGCGCACGCAGCAUGCGCGCGGGGGGAAAGCUCAAGUGGGGGGAGGAUUUCUGGCGGGGGAAGCCGGCGCAGGAGGCGAUGCCGCGGGGGUUCACGUUCAAGGGGUAUCUCGCGCAGCCCAUGGCGGCGCAUGCGGUCGGCGUCCCUUCCGACCCGCCGAGCGAGCGCGAGGCGGCGCAGGCUCGGCCGUUCAACGUGCAGGUGCAGGUGUUCCGGCGGGUGCUGCACGUGAUGCGGCGGGUGCGCAUCCCCGUGAUACACCCCUUCUCGCGCUUCCGCCGCAACGUCAACCUCAUCAUCGCCCUCUGCAUCAUUUACAACGUCUGGGAGGUGUUCUACCAGGUGGCGUUCAGCCUGCGCGCGCAGGGCGCGUGGCAGAUCGUGGACGCGUGCCUCUCCGCCAUCUUCCUCGCUGACAUCUUCCUCGGCUUCAAAACCGGGUACGUGACGAAGGAGAAGCACGUGGUGAUGGACGACGGCAUGAAGGUGCUCAAGCCGCAGCAGAUCGUCAUGGAUCAGGUACGCACCAGGUGGCUCUCGCACUCGGCCCUUUCACCACAUGCCAGCCCAGCAUUAACUCUCUGGGCAAUGGGCAUCUUGCACUGUUGGCCGCCCUCACUUGCUCAUGCGUCUCCUCGUAGUGAUUUCGCUGACCCUCCCGGUGCUGCUUCUCCCGUUUCUCCACCCCCCCCCUCUUCCCUCCACGCUCCUACCAUCGUCUUCCCCUCCCUGCUCUUCCCCUCCCACCCUCCCCCACUCUCCCUCUCUCAAUCCAGUCCCACCUCCACGUCCCCCCUCGUGGUGUGGCACUACCUGCGCACGUGGUUCGCCUUGGACCUGCUCUCCUCGCUGCCCUUCGACCUCCUCACCUCCCUCGCCUCCGACUCCCCCGCUGGCUUCUGGAUCUCUGCCGCGUUCCGGCUGCUGAAGCUGUUCCGAGUGCACCGGCUGGGAGUGGCAGCGAAGCAGCUGAGGAGCGCCUCCUCCGACACCAACUACAUGGACUUCGCCAUCCUCCUCUUCCAGAUCUGCAUGCUCUGCCACAUAGGCGCCUGCAUCUUCGUGCUGAUUGGCCGGCUGGAGCUGCCGAGCGAAACAUGGCUGGCGGUCACCUAUUGGAGCCAGGAUGGCGUGGCGCAGACGCUGGAGUCAGCACCCACUGGCGCGGCUAUUUAUUGGUCCAUGGUCACAUUUGCUGGGGUGGGGUACGGAGACAUCCACCCCAUGGACACGUUAGCAGAGCGCCUGUUUGCCACGGUGUACAUACUGCUCACGGCCAUCAUGCUGGGCUACACCAUUGGCGAGCUCUCCUCCAUGGUCUACGCCCGCCGCAUGCAGCGCAAAUCCAUGCGCCAACGCAUGCUCACCCUGCACAGGUUCAUCGAGAGGGAGCGCCUGCCAGAGUGGCUCGCCAACCGCAUGAUGGCGUAUCUGAUGCGGCAGUGGCAGGCGUCGGUGAACAGCAAGUUUGAGGAGCUCGAGUCAUGCAGAGCCUCACGGACGAUCUACGCACGGACCUCUUUGUGCACUGGUGGACGCAACACGUUCCUCCCAGGUCGCCACCACCCCUCCCUCCAUUGCUGCCGUGCCACUCGCUCCUCCUGCAUCGUUUCUCCCCCCUGCCACCAUGCCUUUCCCUUCUUCCCGCACGAGCAGCAGUGUGUGGCGACUCUACAGCGCGUGCUGGUGCCGCGCGCAGUGGCAGCAGGGGACGUGGUUGUGAGGGAGGGCGAGGUGAGCCGCCACCUGUACGUGGUGCGCUCGGGCACACUCGAGAUGUCGUGGGCCUUGCAGGGGAUGGACACUCUUGUCGAGACCGCUGCCACGUUGCCAGGCAAACCCAUACUGGGCAGUGAGGGCAUGAAGCUGGCGCGGGCGGUGAGCAUGAGGCGCUGCCAGGUGCGCUCGCUGCAGCGCCAGGCCAGCCGCUCCUCUCAUGGCAGCCCUGUGCCCACACCCACGCACAUGGCAGCCUCGCAUGGGAAGAACAGCAGCAACGGCAUACAUGACGCAGGCGACGUGUAUGGUGUUUCUGACUCGCCUGCUCACUCGCAUGCAUGCGACCCGCGCCACGGCGAUCAUGGCGACCAUGGCGACAGCCCUGCCAUGGUUGGGUGCUCACCGUGUGUGCGGCGCACGCGUGUGUACGAUUCAACGCUCUGCACCAUUCAGAGCAGCAGCCUCAUGCCCAGCGACUCACGCGGGUCAGGGGAUGCGUCCCCGUUGCCUGGCGACAGCAUUCAGCCGCUGCGGGAGGGCGCAGGGGAGGGGUGUGGGGAGGGGGCAGGGCCCAGGGGUGCGAGUGGCACUGUGCCGCGGGUGCACAGCGCAGCGGCAUCGCAUGAGAGCUAUGGGUCGGUGCGGCAUGAGAGCCACCUGCUGGGGCAGGCAGCGUUUGAGAGCAGGACGGUGGGCGUGGGCCAUGUGAUCGGGCUGGACGGGCUCUCAGAGGUGCUCGAGCUGCAAACAGGCGAACCAUCGUGGAUGGAGCAACGAGUCCCCUUCCUCUUCAUGGAAGGAACCUUCCAGCACGCCAAUCGCGCCCCCACCCGCAGCGAUCGCCCGUGGCGCAAAUCGGCGUCGCACCGCAACGCGGACCACGAUGCGGCCACCGCCACCCACGCGGCACAGCGCCGCCAGUCGCGGCUCGACUUCCAAACGGAGCGCCUCGGCUCGCCAGAGGAGCGGCGCGCGGAAGGCGGGUCGCUGAACCAGCGCAUGAUGGAGGGGCGCGGCGACGCCUUGGACCACUCGAGCGAGCCGCGCCUCGACACCUCCGGCAGCUGCUCGUCGCCGUCGUCGCUCGACGUGCUCCCCGUGUCGCCCCUCCCCGCGUCGGCCCUCCCCGUGUCGCCCUUUGACGUGCUCCAUCUGCCCGUGCCAGACGGCGGGGAGCGGCCUGACGGGGAUGGCACGAGCAGUAGCGGGGUGGGGGGGACAAGGGGAGGGGCGGAAGGGGAACCGCUGCCGGGCGGCAAGCCGCUGUUCGGGCAGCGGCGGUUGCGCGCGCGGCUGUGGCGGUCCGCCAAGGAGCUGCGCGACGACGACCCGGGCGACGACGUCGCGCUCUCCUUCGCGGACGACGCGCCCCCCGCGGCCGCGCCACUCAAGGCGCGCUCGCCCUUCCAAUGGGUGAUGAAAAGCGCCUCGUUUGGCGUGUUCCCGCCGGGCGGUGGGGACGACGGCAGCAGCAGCGGCAGCAGCAGCGACAGCGGCGGAAGCACGCACAGGACGGGGGGGAAGGAGGGGGCGACGCGGGUGGCGCUCGAGGAGUACAUGAACGUGCCCAUGCAGCUCAGACCAGGGCACUCCAGCGAGAGCGAGCCGCCCAACGCGGAGCAGAUGGGCGCGCGGCGGUGGUGGCGGGGAGGGCCGUGCGUGGUGGCGUUCAAGGCGGCGCUGGCGGCGGCAAUGCGCGUGCGCAUCCCCAUCGUGCACCCCUACUCGCGCUUCCGGCGCGACGUGAACCUCAUUGUGGGGGCGUGCAUUGCGUACAACCUCUGGGAGGUGCUGUACAUGGUGGCGUUCGACCUCAGGGCCACGGGCGCGUGGCUCAUCCUCGACUCCUGCCUCUCCCUCGUCUACCUCGCUGACGUGCUCCUCGGCUUCAAAACCGGGUACCUGACGAGGGAGAAGCACGUGAUGGGGGAGGGCGGGGUGAAGAUGCUGCUGCCUCAGCAGAUCGUCAUGGACCAGCGGCGCAUAGUGUGGCACUACCUGCGCACGUGGUUCGUGGUGGACGUGCUCUCCUCGCUGCCCAUCGACCUCAUCAUCUCCGCCCUCGCCCAGUCCAGCGUCGGCUUCUGGCUCUCCGCCGCGUUGCGGCUGCUGAAGCUGCUGCGGCUGAGGCGGUUGGGGCAGGCGACGCAGCAGCUGAGGCAGUCGGCUCUGGCGGGGCUGUACAUGGAAAUGACCAUUCUCGUGCUGCAGAUCUGCAUGGUGUGCCACGUGGGCGCGUGUGCCUUUGCGCUCAUCGGUCGCCUCGAGACGGCGCCCGAGUCGUGGCUAGCAGCGUUCAACUGGAGCAACGGGGGCAGCCAGGAGACGCUAGAGAGUGCACCGCACGGAGUAGUGUACGCCGCUGCCUACUACUGGGCCAUGGUCACCUUCGCCUCUGUGGGGUACGGGGACAUACACCCAGUGGACACACUGGCAGAGCGCCUCUUUGCCACGGCAUACAUCCUGCUGACGUCCAUCCUGCUGGGCUACGCCAUCGGGCAGAUCUCCUCCCUCAUCUACUCCAGCCGUGCUCGCCGCGAGUCCGUGCGCCAGCGCUGCAACACUCUGCACAGGUUCAUAGAGAAGGAGGAGAUCCCCGAGUGGCUCGCCAACCGAAUGAUGGUGAGUCUGACAGGCAAGUGGCAGUCGGAGUUGACGCAGCGCUUCCAUGAGGGGGACCUCGUCGACGCACUCUCUGACGACCUGCGGGCGGACCUCUUUGUGCACUGGUGGCAGCGCCACGUGCCCUCCAGCCCCAUGCUGCCGCACAACCACACGUUCCUGGCGCACCUCUUCCCGUGUGUGAUAGUGCGGCGGGUGGCGCCAGCGGACGUGAUAGUGAGCGAGGGCGACUUCACGAGGCACCUCUACAUCGUGCGCUCCGGCACCGUUGAUGUCACUCGCCUCAAGGACGGGCCCCCGCCCGCACUCGCGCUCACCCACGCCGCUGCUGAGGUGGCGGGCUGUGAAGCUGACGUGGAUGGGUGUGCGGUGGAGGGGAAGGGCGGCGUGGAGGAGGUGCAUCUGCCAGCUGAGGUGGUGAGGGCACUGCAGGAGCAUGGGGGGCCGGCGGGGGGCAGAAGAAGCGGGUCCAUUGCAGCACUGCCAGUGGGAGGGCCGCUGGGAGGGCCGCUGGGCUUAGCAGGAGCAGGGGUAGGGGGGAUGGGGGCGGGGGUGGGCGUGAUGCAGAGGCGUGCGAUGGGGCGGUCGCUGGCAGUGCAGGAAUCGGUGCCGGCAGUGGUGGGGGGGGCGGUGGGGUACGAGAAGGAGAGUGUGGGCGAGGGGCAUGUGGCGGGCGUGGAGGGGCUGAAGGCGGCACUGGAGAUGCGGCAGGGGGAGGAGGAGUGGAGCAGCCAGCGCGUGUCCGUCUUCUGCAUGGCCGCCUCCUUCCAGGUGCCCCACCCCCUGCCACCCCUAGCGCCCCCUGCCAUACCCGCACUCGCUCCCCAGGCGAAGACGGAGUGCGAGGUGUACCUGCUGCUGCUGGACGACCUGUUUGACGCCCUCGAGAGCUUCCCCGAGCUGCUCACCGCCAUGCGCUCCGCGCUGGGGCUGCCGCUGGCGCCCGACGAGUACCUGGCGCGGCCGCGCCUCAUGACCUCGCACCGCAGCUUCAAGGGGCUGCAGAGGAGCAAGAGCCAAUCGCGCCCCACGCCCUUCAGGGCGGACAGCAGCAGCAGCAAGACGCUGUCGUUUGGCAAGGGCCGCGUGAUGCGGGUCGGCAGCAGCUCCAUGCUCCAAUCAUUCAAAGGAUGA